AGAGGGGGGUGGAGGACACUGAGUGGAGGGAUUGGCAGAGGGGGGUGGAGGACACCGAGUGGAGGCCAGUGGAGGGAUUGCAGAGAGGGGGUGGACACUGAGUGGCAGUGGAGGGGUGGCAAGGACAAUGAGUGGAGGCCAGUGGAGGGAUUGGCAGAGAGGGAUGGAGGACACCGAGUGGAGGCCAGUGGAGGGAUUGGCAGAGAGGGGUGAAGGACACUGAGUGGAGGCCAGUGGAGGGAUUGGCAGAGGGGGGUGGAGGACAAUGAGUGGAGGCCAGUGGAGGGAUUGGCAGAGAGGGGUGGCAGAAAUGGAGCAGUUGGCCAGUGAGGAGGGAGUUGCAGAGGAGGGGGUGGUCGACUGUGUUG